AACACAACACAACGCCUGAGCUCUAGAACCAUGGGCAAAAGAGGCCGUAUUAUUUCUCAAAAAGAAAUCGACGAGUAUCUGUCUAAUAAAGCUCAACGAAAGGCGCUGAGAGUCGCUAAAAAAUUGAAGCUGGAUUCUUCUGCUGUGUACUCCAAUGAUUCAAAUCUGUUUGGAGAUUCCAAUCUCAAUGAGAGAUUUGUAUGGAGGAAGAAGAUUGUACGCGAUGUUGCUAAUGGCGUCCCGCUUAUCUCGAUUAAAAAACAGAAGCUGAAUCAGAUUGAAAGAAUGGCGGGGAUUGAAAAGGCUAAAAAGAGAAGAGAAGAGAGAGCACUUGAAAAGGCACAGCAUGAAGAAGAAAUGGCAUUGCUUGCGAGAGAGCGUGCUAGAGCUGAGUUCCAAGACUGGGAGAAAAAAGAAGAUGAGUUCCAUUUUGAUCAGAGCAAAAUAAGAUCUCAAAUCAGAUUGCGCGAAGGCCGAACUAAGCCCAUAGAUAUCCUAUCGAAGCACCUUAAUGCUUCAGAUGAUAUUGACAUUGAGAUAAAUGAGCCCUUUGUAAUUUUCAAGGGCUUGACUGUAAAGGAAAUUGAAGAGCUUCGUGAUGACAUCAAAAUGCAUCUCGAUAUGGAUAGGCAAUCUCAAAUGCAUAUUGAUUAUUGGGAGGCGCUUCUAGUGGUCUGCAAUUGGGAGCUGGGUGAAGCUCAGAAGAAGGAUGCUUUGCAUCGUGCUAGGGUGCGUGGGGAAGAGCCUCCUGCUGAGUUGCUUAUAGAAGAGAGGGGUCUGCAUUCUGGUAUUGAAUCAGAUAUUAGGAAUCUCUUGGAAGAUAAAACUUCUAGUGAACUUGAGAUUAUGCAGUCCCAGGUUGAAUCACAAAUGAGUUCUGGCACAGCCAAGGUAGUUGAGUACUGGGAGGUUAUUCUCAAACGACUUCAGAUCUACAAAGCAAAGGCUUGCUUGAAGGAAAUUCACACUAAGAUAUUGCGCAAAUAUUUACGCAGUCUUGAGCCACAUUUGGACAUCCCCGAGAGUUCGAAACAAGAUCACAGUUUAACGCAUAGUCAGGAGGUGGAGGAGGAUGAACAUGGGAAUAAGGGAGCUGAAACAUUCUUUCCAGAACCUGUGAUGAACGAUGAGAAUCACGAGGCAGAAGAAGAAGAAGGGUCCUUAUCACCUGAAUUGCUACAUGGUGAUGAAAAUGAAGAAGCCGUUGAUCCUGAAGAAGACAGGGCCAUAUUAGAAAGAAAACGAAUGGCUGUUUUAGAGGAACAGCAAAGAAGAAUGCAAGAGGCCAUGGCAUCAAAGCCACCUCUACCAGAAGAUAAUCUUGAGAUCAAAGCGAUGAAAGCUAUGGGAGCUAUGGAGGAAGGUGAUGCAUUAUUUCGAUCCGGUGCGGAAGUGAAUCUGGAUUCGCAGGUUUACUGGUGGCAUGACAAGUAUCGACCAAGAAAACCCAAAUAUUUCAACCGUGUUCACACAGGAUACGAGUGGAACAAGUAUAAUCAGACGCACUAUGAUCAUGACAACCCUCCCCCAAAGACUGUGCAAGGAUAUAAGUUCAAUAUCUUCUACCCAGACCUCGUUGACAAGGUAAAGGCCCCAACUUAUACGAUAGAGAAAGAUGGGAACAACGAUGAGACUUGCAUUGUACGGUUUCAUGCCGGACCACCUUACGAAGAUAUGGCAUUCCGAAUUGUCAACAAAGAAUGGGAAUAUUCUCACAAGAAGGGUUUUAAGUGCACAUUUGAACGAGGAAUUUUACAUGUUUACGUAAACUUCAAGCGUUACAGAUACCGCAGAUGAUUCCUUUUAAAGUAUCGGGCCAUGUUAUCGACCUAAAAUUUUACAUUAUACAACGUUGACAUGCAGCCUGAUCUUGUUGCAAAGAUCACUGGAAUGCUUCUGAAGAUGGACAAUGCAGAACUGCUCCUAUUAUUGAAAUCACCAGAUUCUUUAGCUUCAAAGGUGGAGGAAACUGUGCAGGUGCUCAAGAUUUCUAAGACGAAACUACCUGGUCAAGACACCCUUCAUCCUAGUUACCACCUAUCCGCUGAGGUUGCUGUAAAUUGAAUAGUACGAUGAUUACAAAAUUUAGACGAUAUACGGUGCUGUACAGUGAUCACAUUUUUUGAUACUUGACAUUAGUGAAUCUUUGCUUUUACUGUUUGUUUUGGAGGAUUAUUGAAAAGUUCUCCUUUCAAUA